AAACUAUCUUUUCGUCUCCUCGGGCGGUGUGUUGUUAGCCUUGCCUCGGAGACCUGGAGCUCUCCUCCAGAUGUUGGAGGCAAGAAACAAAAGAGCGAGCAUAUUUUUCUCUUGAAAUCCCUUGCAUAGCCAGCAGCUUACAUUUUAUUUUUUGACAUCUUGUUAAAAACUUAGUAGAGAGUUGGAAGACUGAAAUCUUAAUUUAUUGCAAAGAGUCUUUUGAUUUGGGGUUUUGUUCCCGGUUUCUAACUCUUAAGCCAACCCAGCCCGAUCAUGGUGAUGUUCAAAAAGAUCAAGUCUUUUGAAGUGGUCUUCAACGACCCUGAAAAGGUGUACGGCAGUGGGGAGAAGGUGGCUGGCCGGGUGAUAGUGGAGGUCUGUGAAGUCACUCGAGUCAAAGCUGUCAGGAUCCUGGCUUGCGGAGUGGCCAAAGUCCUCUGGAUGCAGGGAUCCCAGCAGUGCAAACAGACCUUGGACUACCUGCGCUACGAAGACACGCUUCUCCUGGACGACCAGCCAACAGGUGAGAAUGAGAUGGUGAUCAUGAGACCUGGAAACAAAUAUGAAUACAAGUUCGGCUUUGAGCUUCCUGAAGGGCCUCUGGGAACAUCUUUCAAAGGAAAAUAUGGGUGUGUAGACUACUGGGUGAAGGCUUUUCUUGAUCGCCCCAGCCAGCCAACUCAAGAGACAAAGAAAAACUUUGAAGUGAUGGAUCUAGUCGAUGUCAACACCCCCGAUUUAAUGGCACCUGUGUCUGCUAAAAAGGAGAAGAAAGUUUCCUGCAUGUUCAUUCCUGAUGGCCGGGUGUCUGUCUCUGCCCGAAUUGACAGAAAAGGAUUCUGUGAAGGUGAUGAGAUUUCCAUACAUGCUGACUUUGAGAAUACAUGUUCCCGCAUUGUGAUUCCCAAAGCUGCCAUUGUAGCCCGUCACACUUACCUUGCCAAUGGCCAAACCAAGGUGCUGACGCAGAAGUUGUCAUCGGUCAGAGGCAAUCAUAUUAUCUCAGGAACCUGUGCAUCAUGGCGUGGCAAGAGCCUUCGGGUGCAGAAGAUCAGACCUUCUAUCCUGGGCUGCAACAUCCUUCGAGUUGAAUACUCCUUACUGAUCUAUGUUAGCGUCCCUGGCUCCAAGAAAGUCAUUCUUGACCUGCCCCUGGUAAUCGGCGGCAGGUCAGGCCUCAGCAGCCGGACAUCCAGCAUGGCCAGCCGAACCAGCUCUGAGAUGAGUUGGGUAGAUCUAAACAUCCCUGAUACCCCAGAAGCUCCUCCUUGCUAUAUGGAUAUCAUUCCUGAAGAUCACCGAUUGGAGAGCCCCACCACUCCUCUGCUAGAUGACACAGAUGGUUCUCAAGAUAGCCCUAUUUUUAUGUAUGCUCCUGAGUUUAAGUUCAUGCCACCACCUACUUACACUGAGGUGAGAAUUGUCGUUUUACCACUGCAUUUGUCCUGCGCCUUCUGCGGGGAGGUGGCUUGGGGGGAUUGCUGAACUGGGUGGUUCUUCUAGUUCUUACCUAAACUGCAAUGCUCUUUUCUUUCCUUCCUCCCAGGUGGAUCCCAGCAUUCUGAACAACAAUGUGCAGUGAGCACGUGGAAGAAAAGAAGCAGCUGUACCUACUUGUUUCUUUCCACCUCUCUUCCUGGACACUGACUUUUUUAGGGACUCAACGGUCUCUACAGUGGGGUGUGGGUCUGCCCCAGCCUCUGGUUCUCCAGUGUAGGAGGUGAUCAGCGGGCAAUCUCCUGGGCCUUGAAGAGUGCGCACUUGUCCUCGGCCAGCAAGAUGUUGUGAUAUGGGUGGUGGUGGUUUUUUUCCUGGAUGGGCCUAAAGACAUCUAGAAAAAUUCAGGCCCAUUCCAUUUUCUCAGAUCUUUUUAAAAAUUGAGGCAUUUUCAGUAGUUUUGAAUCAGGGGUAGAAAUGACCUCCUGGCAUGGUCUUCCCAAGGUUUUAUGGAGGGGAUUAUAGGUUGUUACAACAAUAUCAGAUCUUAAAACUGCCAUGUGGAGCAGAGCCAAUUUAGCAAACUAGGAAAAUGAAAAGGAAAAAAGCCAUGGUCAAAACUUGGGGAAAAGGAUGUUCUUAAAGUCAUUGUUCCCCUUUGUACACUUAGAGAAAAAAGAAAAAACCUUCCAAGAGCUGAUUUGAUUUAGACUUUGGAGCGAGCUUUCCAUGUGAAUUAAAGGGAAGAAGCUCUAAAGUUGUCUUCGUCUAGGAAGUAUUUUAAUCUGGCUUAAAGCAGAAGUAACUAUGCCCUACCAAAGGUCUUAAAAGCCAUUUUUAGAGCCUAUUGCACUGUGUUCUCCUGUUGCAAACAUUUUCAUGUGGGAGAAUGUGUGUUUCUUUUCAUGUGACUCCUUGGAACUGAUUCUGAGGUGAUGUUCUUAGCACUUUAGUUUGUAUCAAAUUUGGGUGGUUUUUUUUUUUUUUCCUAUCUCAGAUGUAAGCUAAAACUGGUCUACUAUGUCUCCAGGGGUAAGCACAAUGACAAAAAAAAGUGUUGUUCAUUACUUUUGAGACUUUGUCCCAGUGUACCAAAUUCUGCAAUUCUGACACUCUAAUUAUAUAUGAGAAGGGUUGCUGCUAUCAGCCUUGCUCACUGUGACUUCUCCAAACCCAAGGAGGAACUCGAGAUCAGAAUGCCCCAGUACUGUGAUCAGAGCAUCCAGGUGUUGCCAUGAGAAACUAGAGGGCAGAUUUCCACACCAGCCCCCAGGGCUCCCUUCCUGCCCAGUGUUGGGAGACGGGGACGCUGACAGCCUCUCUUCCACUGCAGCCCCUAGCACUCGGCAGUCACCCUCAGCCUUAGCACUUUGUUCGCUGUCCUGUGUCAGAGCACUGAGCUCUACCCUCUUCAGAGAAAGUAUGUGGGCUGAAGCUGGUUUCACUUUUUUUGUUUUUUAAUUGUGUAUCUUUUUGUAUGACAAAGACUAUAUUUUGUACUUAACCAGAUAUAUUUUUCACCCCAGAUGGGAAUAUUCUUUGUAAAAAAAUAAAAAUAAAUUUUUUAAUGGCAAAA